ACAGUUGAUUCAACUUGGACAACGUCCGCUGCUGAAUGUACGCUACCAAAAUUUAAAAUAGCUACCGUGUCCAGACAAGAAAAUCAGAAACGGCCUACAUACAUACCGAAAACAUUGUUAAGGAACCAUGCUCAAAUGUGAUUGAGUCAUUGUAAUAGCCCAGACGGGUAGGGCUACUCUAGCCAAUAACCAGCUAAUAAAAGAACCGGUCGACAGUCGGGAGAUAAGCAAAAUUUAUAGUACAUACUUACCUUACUGCAUUCGGCCGACGGCAGCUAUCGAGCGGAUCGAGCACUGUUAUGUCGAAUCGCCGAACUUCACAUUAAUUUUUGUCUGUAAAUGCCGUAUAUCUGUAGAAGUAUUUAAGAUACACAUAUACUACAUAUUGUUUGUAUUAUAUAUUUUUGCUUGUAUAUUUUAUUGUCUUGAUCACGAUUAAUGUUGAUGUUAAUUGUCUCCAGCUCCUGUUUUUAGUGUACAAUAAUAGUACUGCGAUCAGCCGAUGGAACUGCAGGCGGGUAUAUUUCUCGCUUAAUUGGGAAUCCUUGUACUGGAAUCUUCGUUGGCGUAUGGUACAUCUGGAAAAACGUUUUACAUUUUUUUACCAAAACUCGAGCAAAUAUAUUGCGAGUCAGGCUUCAGCGUGAUUUGUUUGGAAGAGCUGCAAACUACCCUUGCCAUAUAAUCCUCACAACUGCAGCGUUUUGUCAUAAGUGCAGCAGCAAUAAAAUUUUGCUUUACAUUAGAUUAGCGCCGUCGUGCUUGCUGAAUAUCCAACUCACCGUCAGUGGAUCGCUAAAGAACAUGGAAAGCUCGACAUUUCCUUCCACGACGAACAGAUUAUAUUUGAGCCUGUGCCAAAAUAUUAUCUGGAAUGUGUGUGAACGUUACGAGGACAUCAUCCGACAGCAGCCAGACAACUACAGCGACCAGAAUGGAACUCAAGCGGAAGCAUUUGACAAGCCUUCCUCUGGCCUCACGUUGUUUGAAUUUCCCUGUCGCAACUCCUCCGAAGUAACCGGAGCCUUGGCUGUUACAAACUCGGAUGGAGCAGCAGAUCAGCACGAUGAUGUUGUCCAGCUAUUGAGGGAAUCAUAUGCAAAUCAAGAAAAAAUAGCAGAAGACGCAGCCAGGGAUGAAUCGACAAAUUGGCGUUACAACUACCUUGAACAACAAGGUGUCCUGAUUGGUGCUAUGGAAUAUAAUGCAAAGUUGUGCUGUGAACUGGCAUCUGCAAAAAGCGAAAACAGCAUUCUAAAGCUGGAAAUCGAAAACGCUAGAAAACGUUUAUGUGAACUUUCGGAGGAAAACGCCACAACUCGUAAUGGAAAUGCGACCGGUCAGCUUUCCCAAGGAAAUAAAUCAUCAAAGCCGAAAAAAGACAUGGAGACCCUUAAGAAUGAACUGGCGAAAAGUAAGAGAAAGGCCAAGCUCUUCAUUAAACGCUCGGAAGAACUGAACGCGGAAAACUUGGAACUCUUGGAGACGGAUCGAAAGCGCUUGAAAGACCAGUUAAUGUUGGAUUCCUUGUUAUCGCAGCACAAAGCGGAAAAUGACUCUUUAAAACAUCGGGUUACGGAAUUGGACACGUUCCUUUCUGGAUGGAAGCAAACUUGUAAACAGUUGCGGGCUAAGCUUGAGGACUUGAAGACUAAAUUAGCUGCCCAGACAAUCGAGGUCGCGCAUUUCCACCGUGUAAAAAAAACGAAGGCUGCCGAAAUCGCAAAGCUGAACGGAAGAUGCGCGGACACCGAGAAAGCCAGAGCCCACUUGGAAUGCCAGAUCAACCAUUUAAACGAACAAUUGGAAAAACUGCGACAGAGUGACAGCGAACAAAAGGUCGAACUUGACGAGGUAAAACGAAAGUUAGCCGAAGCGGAGAUGAGUGUGACUGCAGAAAGGUUAGAAUGGACGGCCAAACUGGAAAUGUUGGAGGCGAUCAAUGGAAAAUUAGCGGAAGAAAUAAACAACUUAACCGCACAGAAAGAGAUUAUUUCGGAAGGCACCAACAAAUUAGAACGGGCAGAGUUGGCCUUACCACCGGAAAAACAGCAACAGCUUUUGGAGACACAGUUGCCGAAUCAGGCAUUCGUUGACGAAAUAACAGAAAGAUGCGUGACAUUAUCAGAGGAGCUGGCAUUGGCCCGGCGAGAGACUGGAGCAAAACUUUUAGAAAUUGCCCGACUGAGGGGAUUGCUAGCUGAGCCGCACAACGACACGGCUAACCAGCAUUCAGAAGUUUCUAUUGAACAACACCAGGUGCGGCUUCGCAGUUCGGAACGGAAAACACCUUCUGUGGAGCCGGCUGCCUGCUUGGUGGAGGAAGCUGAUAAACAGCCCACAUCCAGUAGCCGUUCUACAGCAUCAGUAUCGUUAACGGCGGAGACUGGAGCAUCACAACAGGCUACACCCAACCAGGAAGGAGGCUUUUCAACACUGCUUAUUAUCAGGCCUCCGGAACCUUCGAAACCCGGUUACCCUGCCGUGGGUGCUCCACUGCACCCACAGUCUAUCGCCGCCAAUUCGGCGUCAAUGAGGGCUGCCGUGGCACGACACUGGCAAGCAGUUCGUUCUCGUGGUGGCGGUUCUCGCCCCGACCACAGACAAAGGGCAAUGCGAUAAAACCCAGUGCACAGCAUAUACCAGAAAUAAGAAGUAUACGUAAUUAUUGAUCAUGAACGAUAUCUGUGGCGAGCAGCUGGAUGUAAUUAAUUGUUGCUUGAUUGUGCAUAUACUAUAAGUAUGCCGGUGCAUACAUAAAUUUUAUUAGUAAUCUGUCUUUGAUAGCCAAAUCAUAUGGAUAUAAGGUGCAAGCGUUGGGAAGCUUUCUCACAGUCAGAAUUAUAAUUCCUGUUUACCUAUGUCAGGCGCAGUAUUGCGUUUGUUUUUUUGUUGUUGCUGCUGUUUCUUAAUAAGAAAAUAUUGCUUA